CGCGAUUUGGUAGGUGAUGUUUCCCCUGAUCGAUAGCGCAAUGUUUUACAUAACUAAUCGACAGAUAUUGCAUGCAUUCAUGGAUGGUAUCAGAGAACAAGCCCGGCCUUUCUGAAGACGUGUGAUAAAGACGACUUGGAGAGUCAUGGAUUUCCCAGGGCACUUUGAACAGAUCUUCCAGCACCUGAACUACCAGAGGCUGCAUGGACAGCUGUGUGACUGCGUGAUCAUGGUGGGCAGCCGUCACUUUAAGGCCCACCGUGCUGUGCUAUCCGCCUGCAGCACACAUUUCCGAGCCCUGUUUACUGCCGCAGAGGGAGACGCCAGUACGAGAAUGAUCCACCUGGACUCUGAGGUGGUGACGGCUGAAGCGUUUGCUGCUCUCAUGGACAUGAUGUACACAUCUACACUGAUGCUAGGGGAGAGUAAUGUGAUGGAUGUGUUGUUGGCCGCUUCCCACCUGCAUCUAAACGCUGUCGUGAAAGCCUGUAAACACUAUCUAACAACUCGCACUCUGCCCAUGUCUCCUCUAGCAGAUCGCGGCAGCCAGCAUCACUCUGAGCAGCAACAAGUAUCAACAGCCGCUAACUCUCACCUCCAACGCUCAUUUCUGCUACAGCAGCUCGGCCUGAGCCUGGUCAGCUCUGCUUUAGGUGGGGCUGAAGAUGGGGGCACGGGGACCGGGAGGAGAACAGGUUCAGCAUGCGGUAGCGUGUUAGUGGAUCAGCGUGGUUAUCACCCGACACGGCGUUUGCUGAAGCGCAAACAGCCCUUGUCUCUGAACACCCCUGAGCGGGUGAGGCAGCGCCACUCUUCGCAGGUAGAGGGGAUCGUGGGGGAUGGAGAAGGCAGAGAGCGUGGAGAGGAGCUUCUGUCACCAGACUCCCACAGUAAAAUGGCUGAGGAGAUCGUCACUGGGGUCAUUCCAGGACAUGAUGGAGGUUUACUAAUGCAAGAUGACUACCAAAAGGGAUUGAACCAUGAAGACAUGCAGCUUCCCAGCCAAUCAGAUGGGGGAAGGGGAGCUGGAGCAGGACAAACUUUGCUGUUGCCACAUAAAGAAGAGUACAGCGAUGGGAUAAAGAUUAAGAGUGGAGGUGAGGAAGAGGAGCAGCAGCACAUGCAGGUCCUGGUGAAGAGUGAACCACUGAGUUCGCCCGAGGAUGAGACCAGCGAUGUUACCUCCCAGGCAGAAGGGAGUGACCAGGUGGAAACAGUUGGAGAAAAGCUGGAGCUGAGUCCAGAGGGCAGUGAGCGCAGUUUCUCUGAACCACAGCCCAGCUCUGAACUGCUGAUUAAAGGAAGCAAGGGAUUAGGAGCAGGAAGAGUGAGAGAAGGAAGAGGAGAGGAGCUCUCCUGCAGUGAUGCUUUGGAGUCCUCCUCCAGAUUGCAUAUCUCCAGUUUCCUGAGCCCAAAGAGCUUUGCUGGCAGAGUGGCAUCAUCUAACCUCGCCACAAGUGUUGACAACGUUCCCAACACUACAACUGGCGAGUUUCAAACUGAUCACGAUCCUGCUCAAUUUUUCCUUCCAGCUGAUUCUGUCAACACUGCAUCUUCCUCCUCGCUCCACCUUCUCCCAGGGGAGUCACAGGUCUGCUCCGACCUGCUUCUGCAGCCACUGCAUGAUGGUGUAGCAUCAUCAUCUUCAUUGGUGACAUCUCGCACCGGUGCUGUAGACCAGCUAGCGCUGGAGUUCCAGCGCAACAUUUUGGGGUUGCAGACAUUUCCUCGUUCAACAAGGGGUAGUGCAGGAGGGUGCAACUCAUACCGACGCAUUGCUCCUAAAGUCCCGUCGGGCGGUGCUUCAAUGCACACAGAUGUUUCCCAGCAACAAGAAACUGCCUCCUCGUCCUCUUCCUCAAUGCUUCUAAAUGAGGUAAACUUUGAGGGCUCUGUUUCUGUAUGUCAAACCGGUGGCAACUCCAACUUGAACCUGCUCCCCCAGUUGACUAGAGCCUCUGCAGAUGUUCUGUCGAAGUGUAAGAAGGCACUUUCGGAGCACAACGUGCUAGUGGUGGAAGGUGCCAGGAAGUAUGCCUGCAAGAUCUGCUGUAAGACUUUUCUCACUCUGACUGACUGCAAGAAACACAUCAGAGUUCAUACGGGAGAGCGACCAUAUGCCUGUCUGAAAUGUGGCAAGCGUUUUAGUCAGUCCAGUCACUUGUACAAGCACUCGAAAACAACCUGCCUACGAUGGCAGAACAGUGAAAUGUCUAAUGCCUUGCUCUGAUUAAACACUCUCUCAGUGACAGAGGCACUCCAAAGACACCUUCCAACAAUGGGUUGACAGCUUUCAGUUUCUUACUGCUUUCUCAACUAUAUGUGCAGACCUGUACUCCGUAGUCUCAGAUCUAGCCAUCUGCUCAGCCGUAUAUUGUGUA